AUGGUGUCGAUCAAUAGUGACAACAUGCCCAUUCAUGAUGCUAAACUAUCUAUCAAUGGUGUCAAACUGUCCAUUUAUGGUGUCAAACUGUCUAUCAAUGGUGUCAAACUGUCCAUUCAUGAUGUCAAACUGCUUAUCAAUGGUGUCAAACUGUCCACUCAUGAUGUCAAACUGCCUAUCAAUGGUUUCAAACUGUCCAUUCAUGAUGUUAAACUGUCUAUCAAUGGUGUCAAACUGUCCAAUCAUGACGUCAAACUUUCUAUCAAUGGUGUCAAACUGUCCAUUCAUGGUGUCAAAUUGCCUAUCAAUGGUGUCAAACUGCCCAUUCAUGAUGUCAAACUGCCUAUCAAUGGUUUCAAACUGCCCAUUCAUGAUGUCAAACUGCCUAUCAAUGGUUUCAAACUGUCCAUUCAUGGUGUCAAACUGUCUAUCAAUGGUGUCAAACUGUCCAUUCAUGAUGUCAAACUGCUUAUCAAUGGUGUCAAACUGUCCACUCAUGAUGUCAAACUGCCUAUCAAUGGUUUCAAACUGUCCAUUCAUGAUGUUAAACUGUCUAUCAAUGGUGUCAAACUGUCCAAUCAUGACGUCAAACUUUCUAUCAAUGGUGUUAAACUGUCCAUCCAUGGUGUCAAAUUGCCUAUCAAUGGUAUCAAACGGUCCAGCCAUGGUGUCAAACUGCCUAACAUCUUCUCUUUCGUCCUCCCUUCGCCUUUUCCCCCCUCCAAAUAUACCACCGUCAUGUUAUGA